AUGAAUAACGACAACAAUAAUGAACAACAAAACAAGCCUUCACUACCAACUUCAUCAGGACCAUCAGAUUUGUCAGCAAAGUAUGCUAAAUGGGACAAGUUAGCAAAAGAAGUUGAUGAAAAUGAUGAGGCGGAGGAUAGUGUUGAUAAAUUAUUUCAGAAAAUAUAUCAAGAUGCUAGUGACGAUACAAAGAAGGCAAUGAUUAAAUCAUUUACCGAAUCUAAAGGGACUGUUUUGUCAACAAAUUGGAGUGAAGUUAAAAAAGCUCAAGUUGAAAUGAAGCCGCCAAAAGGAAGUGAAUUUAAGCCUUAUGAAAAAUAG